ACAACUUUGGAUCCUUGAUUCUCUUGCCUCCUCCACUUCCCCAGUGCUGGGAUUAUAGGCAUGUACCACAACUCAUGCAUUCGGUGCUGGGGCUGGAGUCCAGAGCUCUGUGCAUGCUGGGCAAGUGCUCUAUCAACUGGGAUAGCCCACCAGCCUGUUCCCAGCGAUUGGGGGUGGCAUCUGCUACCCAGACUUACAGCACCAUUCCUGGCAACUGUGGUAAAUGUCAAAUGGAUUCGAGAUUUUUAUUAAUGACCCUGAGGGACGACACUGAAGGAUGAGGGAGGCAAGGAUGAGGGAGGCGAGGCAGGGGUAGCCAUCGCCAUCAAGCGCACGCGCCGCGCCGGGGCGGAGGGGGGGGGAGGAGUUGAAUACACACCCAAGGGUGUCCCUACAAUUUGCCAUCAGGGUAACCUUCGGCACAUUUCUUCACCUCUCUGUGCUCCACUUCCCUUACUUGCAAAUAAAAGCUGUACGGGAAAGAAAAUGGCAUUUACGAGAGCUACCUCUAAGAUGAGUGGGCUGCCCACAGUAACUGCUGAGACCACCACUGGGCUGGAGCAGCCGCCCUGGGGAAAGGAGAGGCGUGCUAUUGGUUGAACCAACCACCCAGGUGCCUGAUUGGCUGGAGGAGAAGGGCGCUACCUUACAGGUUUCUUGCUUAGACAGUGGCAGGACUCCAAGAGCUGAGAGGCCCAAGCAGGGGGAGGAGCCCCCUGGGGCAGGAAGGGAGUGCUGGACACGUGGAGUUUUGAGGCUCCAGCACAAAUCCAGGAAGCUGUGGGCUCAGUGUGUGCAAAGUCAGCCAAAAGGGCUGGCGGGAAGAGACACAGUCUCGAGUCAGAGCCCGGUUCUCAGAGCCUCCUUCAGCAAUCCCACCUCCAUGCCCAGUACCCAGGAGAGCUACCACAUUCACCUCAAGAGACAGACAGGGUCCUAGGGGACCUGUAUUCAGGCUGAAGCUCACUGAAGGGACAGCCUGUUAUCAAGUGGAUUUGAUGUGCCUCUCACUCACAUCACCUGUCUGUUCCUCUCUGAGCACCAGAGCCAGAAGGCCUAGGGCAUUCUCAUCUUUAAAGUCGGACUGCACAGAUUCAGUGACCCCUUGGGUAGAAUCACUCAGUGCCCUACUGCUCUCCAGUUGGAAGACCUUGAGCACAUUAUUUAACAUCUUGGAGCCUCAGCUUCCCCAUCUGAAAAAUGGGACAAUGAUAAUGCCAUUUCACAGGACAAUUAGGUGGAUGUAUAUGAAGUAUUAAGAACAGGGCCUAGUACACGCUAACUCUAAUUAUUAUUUAUCUGUCAAAGACACCUGCCGGGCAUGUAAUGACAGCUGGGGAGGGUGGAUGCCGCCACAGGACACGGCAUGAUCACCUCCAAGAUGAGCCAUCUGGCCUGGGCGUCUUCUUCAGACCUCCUUCCCCAUCCCUGGACCCUGUGGGUCUCAACCUCAAUGGAACAUCUAAUGAGCAGUAAUUGCACUGGCUAGGUCCCUCCCCUCAAUCCCGAGAAGACCCACAGCACUGGCAGGCGGCAGGAAACCUGACUCCCGCUAAGAAGGGACAUCUAAUCCUUUGGGUGGCUCUGGCCAGCAGUGACGAGGUAAGCCCAAAAACCAGCAUCGUGGCUUCCUAGGACGGAGAGGAUGAGGGCAGGAUGGGGCCAAUAAGUUUGGGACAGUCAUUGUCAUUGUUGCCCAUUUGAACGUCUUUCUUCGGCUGCUUCCUGUGUAUUCAGUACUUCUCUGGUGACAAACAAAGGCAACAUGAGAAAAAGAGUUUGAAUCACAGUGUGAAGGUCCAGGCCACCAAGGAGAAGGCGCGGUGACAGGAGCAUUAGCUGGUCACUUCGCACUGGCAGCCAGGAAGGGUGAACGUGGCGCUCAGCUCACUUUGGCCUUUUCGUUCACGGAGGGACCCUGGUCUGCGGGGACGGUGCUGCCCUCAUUCACAGUGGGUCUUCUCUCUAAAGACACCUUCAAAGGUGCCCAGAGGUUUGUCCUCAGGUGCUUCUGAAUCCUGUCAGAUGGAUAAUGAAUAUUAGUGUCAUUUACCCUGCCCGGCCCUGGCUGCCACACACACUGUCCCUUCUUGCAUCUUAGUACCUGCUCACAAGGCAUUGCGGUCUAGAGAAUGACAAUAUGGCAGAGAGAGCAUACGCAGGCCAUCCUGGGGGCGAAGCAGAGCCAGACAGCCUGGAUAGGAUUGUCACUGGGUAGGGAACAGAGCCAGGAGCAUGGUUAGAUCAACAGGUAAGCAAGUGUCCUAUCUCCUCUCUCAGCGUCUUUUCCCUCCUGCCCUAAGUGGGGCAACAGGAAUAGGAAAGAGGGAAUUUCCUACUCCACAGUCAGUUCCAGGGAACUCUUUUGCAAGACCUUCUAGGCAUCCUGAGUGGCACCACGGAACCCCCCCAAACCCCAACUCUUUCCCUGAAAUGCUACCCAUUUCCUAUCCUUUUAGGCCAAGUAUCCAAGCCGUUCUCUAAGUUCUAGGAACUUGAGUUGUGGGCUGGACUCCUUCCCAGGUUCCCUUCUUUGCUCAGAGGAGCAGGGAAAUUUUCACUAGUGUGUCUCAAAGGGUGGGCACCACAGAUGACCUGAAAAUGUUUGUCCAAGGUACAGAUUUUCUGUUUCAUGCCAGUAAGAUGGAAUCAGAAUCUGAGGAGUUAAAACGUCCAUGCUAAUAUGCCCCAGGGAGAGAAAAAUUGUUGAGAGACACAUACCCACUAAAAUUCAGGUUUUUAAUGAUGAUUAAAAUUCUUACAUCAAGAAAUCAGUUCUGGGUGGAAAUGGGCUUCUAUGCUGGAUUUAGCCCCCACCCCUCCCCCAGAUUUAAUGGCAGCGGGGAAGGAGAAGAGAAGGGGCGAGGGAGAGUUCUAGAACGCUGGGGGCGGGACCUGUGCCUUCUGCUAAACCCUCAUUAAUGUCCUGAGCAAUUACCAGGCGUCACGGAAAUCGCUGUCCCAGGUCACAUUCUCUGUCCACUCGGAAGCAGGCGUGAGUGAGGCGAAGUGCCCGCCAUCUGUGUGUCGGUGGAAGUGAGACCCAGGGGGUGUGGGGGCCUCUGCCUUUACCUAGCCCGGCAUAGGGGAGCACUAGGGGGUGAGAGGCGUGGCCCUCUGAAGUCCAGCCUGCCACAAAUCCAAAGCCUGGCCAAUCCACGCAUCCACGCGACCCUCUCUCCAUCUGGAAUGCGGUCGCUCCCCUCCAGCCUCAACUUCCCAAGCCGCAAGAUCGAGAGGGCAGAGGUGGGAAGCCAGGCAGCGGGAUUCCCCACAGGAAGGCUGCCUAGUUCCAACCCCGAGCUGCCGGAGACCCUGAAUCCAAACGGGAGGCCGGACGCCCCUGGCCAGGAAGCAGCCCCAGCCCGGAUUUCCCUCUCGGGUGGGGCGGCCAUGACUCACUCCCUCCCCCUUCCCUAGUUUCCUUGUUUGCAUUUCUCCUCCUGGCCACGUGGCGGCGGGUGCAGCCUUCACGGGCCCCUAACCCCGCACCGGGGCUGCGACAGGGGCUUCCACCCGAAGGCACUUCCUACCCGCUGGGGCUUCGGGUCCGGAGCCCUGAACCCACUGACGCAGUCCCAGGUAGGGACUCCAUCAGCUGUGGGUCCGGCCCCUUCCCCGAUGUCCACCCCUACCGUAAAGCCGGUGCCUGUUCCCCGCCCCCUCGGCUUGUCCCGGGGAGGGGAAGGGGCGGGCAGCGCAGGGGGUGUGACAGCUCCCGCCCGGAUCAGUGCCAGCUGCAGCUUCGCUUGAACGCCCUGUGCCAGCUGGCUCUUACAUCUGGGACGGAGGCGGAGGCUCGACGCUCUUAGUCUUUGGGGAGGGGUGGGGGUUCCCCCACGCCCCCCACCCCACCCCCCAGCCCUCUACUCACCCAGGGCGAGCCCCUCUGCCUAGCCCGGCGUCUUGCUACUCCGGACGACCUGUCCUGCUGGGAACUGGCCCGGGUGUCGCUGGCACCCACACCCCUCCAGGAUUCCCGGGGCAGAGCUGUGCUGGAGCGCGCCAGGGAUCCUCCAGCCUCUUGCUAAGAGCGUGCACCGCUGUGUGAGCUGGAGAAGAAACAUGAAGGUCAGCUGGCCAGGUGAGAACCACUGGCAGGUGGGCCCGGCUGUGGUGGAGAGUCCGGCGGUGGGGACGCCGCCGGUGGGAAGUCUCCCUGACGUGGUCCCCGAGGGCACGCUGCUCGAUAUGGUGCUGAAGAGAAUGCACCGUCCGCGGCGCUGCUCCUACCAGCUGGUGUUCGAGCACAGGCGGCCCAGCUGCAUCCAGGGACUUCGCUGGACACCACUUACCAACAGUGAGGAGUCGCUGGACUUCAGUGUGAGCCUGGAGCAGGCCACCACAGAGCGUGUGCUCAAGGCAGGGAAACUCCUGCACCGCCAUCUCCUGGCCACCUACCCGACCCUCAUCCGAGACAGAAAAUACCAUCUCCGACUCUAUCGACAAUGCUGCUCUGGCCGGGAGCUGGUGGAUGGGAUCUUGGCUCUGGGGCUUGGCGUCCAUUCACGGAGCCAAGCUGUGGGCAUCUGCCAGGUGUUGCUGGAUGAGGGUGCCCUUUGCCAUGUAAAACAUGACUGGACCUUCCAGGACCGAGAUGCCCAAUUCUACAGGUUCCCUGGACCAGAGCCAGAGCCCGCGGGAACUCAGGAUGUGGAAGAGGAGCUUGUUGAGGCAACAGCCCUGCUCUCGCAGCGAGGGCCCGAUGCCUUACUCACUGUGGCGCUCCGGAAGCCCCCAGGUCAGCGAACAGAUGAAGAACUGGACCUCAUCUUCGAGGAGCUGCUGCACAUCAAGGCGGUGGCCCACCUCUCCAACUCCGUGAAGCGGGAAUUAGCGGCUGUUCUGCUCUUUGAACCACACAGCAAGGCCGGGACUGUGUUGUUUAGCCAGGGGGACAAAGGCACCUCGUGGUACAUUAUCUGGAAGGGAUCUGUCAAUGUGGUGACUCACGGCAAGGGGCUGGUGACCACGUUGCACGAGGGAGAUGACUUUGGACAGCUGGCUCUGGUGAACGAUGCGCCUCGGGCAGCCACCAUCAUCCUCAGAGAAAAUAACUGUCACUUUCUGCGUGUGGACAAGCAGGACUUCAACCGCAUCAUCAAGGAUGUGGAAGCAAAAACCAUGAGGCUGGAAGAACAUGGCAAAGUGGUGUUGGUUCUGGAGAGGAGCUCUCAGGGCACCGGCCCUUCCCGCCCCCCAACCCCAGGCAGGAACCGGUAUACAGUAAUGUCUGGCACCCCAGAGAAGAUCCUAGAACUCCUGUUGGAAGCCAUGCGACCAGAUUCCAGUGCUCAUGACCCAACAGAGACGUUCCUCAGUGACUUCCUGCUGACCCACAGUGUCUUCAUGCCCAGCACCCAGCUCUUCACUGCCCUCCUGCACCACUUCCACGUGGAGCCAGCAGAGCCCGCUGGAGGCAGCGAGCAGGACCGGAGCAGCUACGUCUGUAACAAGAGGCAGCAGAUUCUGCGGCUGGUCAGCCGGUGGGUGGCCCUGUACGGCCCCAUGCUCCACUCAGACCCGGUGGCCACCAGCUUCCUCCAGAAGCUCUCAGACCUGGUGAGCAGGGAUGCCCGACUUAGCAACUUGCUGAGAGAACAGUGGCCGGAGAGGCGGCGGCACCACAGGUUGGAGAACGGCUGUGGGAAUGCAUCUCCUCAGACCAAGGCCCGGAACACACCUGUUUGGCUUCCUGGCCAGGAGGAACCCCUCCCAAGCAGCACCGGUGCCAUCCGAGUCGGGGACAAAGUCCCCUACGACAUCUGCAGACCCGACCACACGGUGCUGACCCUGCAGCUGCCUGUGACCGCCUCCGUGAGAGAAGUGAUGGCGGCCCUGGCCCACGAGGACCACUGGACCAAGGGGCAGGUGCUGGUGAAGGUCAAUUCCGCAGGCGGUGAGUUGCGUCUCUGGAUCGACUCUCGCCCUGAGAGGGCGCCCUCAGCUCUACGCCCGCACCCUUCUGAUGAAAGCAACACCAAUCGCAGCCAGGCUCUGGGCUCACAGGCCGGGCUCCGGGCUCACAGGCCGGGCUCUGGGCUCACAGGCCGGGCUCUGGGCUCACAGGCCGGGCUCUGGGCUCACAGGCCGGGUCUCAUGUCUUUGUAUUGCCCACAGCGAAUGAUGGCCAGAGCCGUCCGGAUGCUCCACCAGUGCCGGAGUCACAGCACAGUGCCUCUGUCACCGCUCAGAAGCCGAGUUUCCCACAUCCACGAGGACAGUCAGGCGUCGAGGAUCUCCACAUGCUCUGAGCAGUCCCUGAGCACCCGGAGUCCAGCCAGCACCUGGGCUUAUGUCCAGCAGCUGAAGGUCAUCGACAACCAGCGGGAACUGUCCCGCCUCUCCCGGGAGCUGGAGCCGUGAGGAGGGACUGGGCGGAGCAGGCACGUCUCUCAGAGAAAGCCAGAGCCUGUGGGGCCCCCCGAGAGGUCCAGAGGCCAGCCACAGCUGGGCAGGGCUCUCCAUGGAUCGGACUCAAGGCCCUGGAGUGGGCAGUGUAGAGGCAGCUGUCCCGUGAUGACCGUCGGCGAAGGAGAUCUUUGAUGUGGAACCGAGCUGGCCACAAGGCCAAGGAAGAGGGGCCACUGAGGCCCUGGCGUGGGUAGGAGAGCUGGGAGGUGCAGGACUCUGUGGUUCCAUAGAGAGCUCUCCCACCAGGCUGUAUGUACAACUGUGCCGCCCAGUGGUCGCCAGGGCCCGCGCUUGUUUUCCACAGGGGUCAGAGAGCUCACAUCUGUAUGAUGGGUGUGCACUGGGUGGGACCUUGCCCGGGAGAGGGUGGGGAGUUCUGCUUUUCUCUCCACACUUCUGAGAUAAACAGCUGGGUGUAGGCAGGGUGGUUGCCUAGAGUGGUGGGUCCCUGAGGAGCUGUAUUGUUCCCAUAAAUUAACAAAGAUGUGUGUGU